AUGACUAAAUCGCUUAUUAUCACUGCUUUUAUCACUGGAGGAACCACUGAGUGGCGCUACCCUGGUGAUACUUCGUAUAGAUUUGCUUCUAAUUUGGAAGCUUGGGUAGAAAUAGCAAAGCUUUUGGAGAAGGGCAAAAUCUAUGCUCUGUUCAUUGCAGAUCACUUGACUCUGUUUGAUGUGUACAAGGGCCCGAACAACUACAGAGACGCAGUGAAAACUGGACUGAAUGUUCCAAAGGCCGAUCCCAGUCAUGCAAUUAUCACUGCUGCAAGAGAGACAAAGAACAUUUCUUUUGGAGUCACUUUCAGUACUGUCAGUGAACAUCCAUACUUGUUUGCUAGAAGACUUGCAACUCUUGAUCAUUUCACUCAGGGAAGAGUGGGAUGGAAUAUCGUUACAUCUUACCUUAACAGUAUCGGUACCCAACUUUUAAAUGGAGAACCAUUUCCUGAACAUGACGAGCGGUACAAUAGAGCAACUGAGUACGUUGAUGUUGUGAGUGGACUUCUCCUGUCCACCUGGAGAGAUGACGCUUUAAUCCGCGACAUACAGAGCGGUGUGUUCAUUGAUCCAGACAGAGUUCGUGAGAUCAACCAUAAUGGAAAAUAUUUCAAAGUUGCUGGACCUUCUAUCACGCAGCCUUCAGUCCAAAGAAUCCCGCUUUUGAUUCAAGCAGGAACCUCAAAAAAGGGCCAGGAGUUGGCUGCCGAGUUCGCAGAGUUUGUGUACGUCUUGGGUGGAACUGAAGAGCUGGCUCCGAAGAUCAACUACAUCAGAACAAUUGUUAAGGAGAAAUUCGGCAGAAACCCAAAAAACAUCAAGGUGAUUUACUCCGCUAGAGUAAUUUUGGGCCGCACUCAUGAUGAAGCUAUUGAGAAAGAGGCAUCUUACAAAAAGUCUGAGGUGCCAGAUCGCAAUGCAGUAAAUUUUGGAGGCGUAACAGGUAUUGACUUGAACGAGUAUGAUAGUGAAGAGGAAAUCGAGACUAAGAAUGUCAAUGGUGUUAAGACUACCACUGAGGUUUACUUCAAGAACGCAAAAAAGCCGACCAAGAAUGCGCUCCUAAAUAAAGCUCCUGGAGCUGGACCAUUGAUGGGCACCUCUGAAGAGGUCGCUGAUAAACUUGAGAAACUAGUUGAGGAACUUGACCUUGAUGGCUUCAACUUUAACUCUGCUGUUCUUCCGGGAUCUGUUGAAGACUUGGUUGAGCUGCUUAUUCCUGAACUCCAAAGAAGAGGUCUAUUUUGGGAGGACUAUGCUGUUCCUGGGGGCACGUUCCGUGAAAACGUGUAUGGGGUCAAGGGGGCAAACAUUUCUUCCUCCCGAUCAUCCAUUAUAUGA